AUGUGCCCUCCCAUAGUAGGGAACUCUGCUCCGGCAACGGUAGAGUCCGAGAAUUGGACUAUCGUUGCCCGGGGCAAGAAUAAGGGUAGGAAAAAAGGGAUAAGACCUAGUCCUCCCACCAUUGCGAUCCGGGUCCCGUCGAGAGCGACCCCCAAGGAAGAUGCAUCUAAACAGGACCUGGCGAAGAAGGCGCGUAAGCGCCUCCCUCGCUCCGCGGCAGUAAGGCUGGUCGGUCAGGGCAACCUGGCCGAGGCAUUGCUCGCCGCGAAGCGGGAGAUAGUACUGGAGGAACUGGGCGUCAACAAAGUUGACGCCAAAAGAUCCCAGAACGGAGGUAUUCUUGUCGAGAUACCAGGUGGAGGGCGGGAUGCGGAGGCCCAGGCUUGUUGCCUGACCUUCGCUAUCCAAAUGGCCCUCCAAAAGAAUAACAUCGAGGGGGUUAGGGUCUCGCGACCCACGAAACGGAUGGACCUCCGUUUAAGUGGAGUGGAGGAGACGGUCUCCGAGGAGGGGAUCCGCCAGGCAAUAGCUGCCAAGGGCGGAUGCUCCGAAUCGGAGAUCCGUGUGGGACCGUUGCGCUUGCCUAUCAGGGGCAAACACACGAUAUGGGCUCAGGGCCCUGCUAGGGCUAUGGUCAAGGUAGCGGAGGCGGGGAGGAUUGCCAUCGGAUGGUCGUCCUCCGUACGGGCCGAGCUAAUGUCAAACAGACCGGCCCGCUGCUUCCGCUGCCUUGCGCGCGGGCAUAUACAGCAGAGGUGUCCAUCCAAAGUGGAUAGGGCCCUCUGCUGUUUUUAA